AGAAUAUGUAAAAAUUUUAAAAUGAUUUCGGUAGAGGCCAGAGACCAUGUAUAGAAUGUGGCUCAGGUUUUUUUUACAAUUAUACCUAUUUCGGGAAGCCAACCAGGGACCUAGUUACACGAAAAAAUCUAAUUUAUGAUUCGAUUCAAUUGAAAUUUAAUUUAUUGGUAGCUUAGCGUUUCGAUUAACAUGCAGAGACUGGCUCUUAAGAAUCUUAUUUGUGAUUCGAUUUGCUAGAAGUUAUUUUCUUCUCAAUUAGUUGAUCGGAUCGGUCUAUUAGGAAUAAUCGUAUUUAUGGCUCAGCCAGCUUGAACUUUUCCUUCUGGACUUUUUUGUGGGGCUAAGCGACAGACCGAUUUUAUGCGGAUAAACAUUUAGCUCUUGAGCACUUGAAAACCAAAAUUCGUUAAAUUGUGGCUGAGAUCAAAUAUAAUGUCGAGGUUCAACUUUAUGUUAAAACAGGACCUUCAAACGCAUUUUAUAUACGUUUAUUUUCGAAACCGCAAAAGGAUUUUCGUAUUGGUUAACUAUGUUAAAGGGACAGUCGUACAUGAAAAAGUAUCGAUUUAUCAUCGUGGCAGGCAUGUUUUAUGGUCUCGUGGCCGUCUUAGCAAUUCCAUCCAUACUGCGCGUAUUAAUUUGUACACGCCAGUCGUCCACUUGCCUCACUGCGUUCCGACGUUAUGUGCGCACUACAUUGCACACCAACGCUUGGUACGAUUAUCCGCCGACUCCGAACUCGAAGUUUUGGAUUAGCUUGCGUGCAGUACGAAAAGCGCAUUCGAAAUCUAGUCGCGCAUGUAGCAAACUUGGUGCUGGACGAAUCACCCAAAAGGAUUUGGCAUUAACACAGUUUGGUUUCAUUGGCUACGCCACUUUAGGUGCACCUCGUGCGCAGCUCUAUGAUGAGGAGUUUUUGGAAAGCACAUCGCAUAUGUAUCGUGUAAUCGGCUAUUUACUCGGCAUUAAAGACGAAUAUAAUUUGUGUGGUAAGAAUUGGAAGGAGACGAAGCAGCGUCUGGAUAUUGUAAUGCGUCAAGUCUAUGAGCCUGCGUUAGAGAAUACCAGUGAGGACUUUGAACAAAUGGUAAAAGCUUUGGUGGAGGGCAUGUGGCACUUGAAUUCCACACUAACCGUUGGAUCGGUAAUGUAUUUUACAAAGCGACUUAACUAUGUGAAGGGAUAUGAAUACUACGACUUUGAUAAUCGUCCGGGUAGUACAAUUGAUCCGAAACAGAAGCUUUACUAUUACGAUUUGGGUUGGUAUGACCGUUUUCUCGUUACCUAUGGUCUCUUCAUAGUCACAUACUUGCACAAAUACGCCAUUGUUCGUUGGUAUCUCAACAUGCGUAUCUGGCUGAACGAUGUUAUUUUUUAUUACUUACCGUACCUUGCGAUCUGGAGCUUUGGUAUUAAAAAUUCGUAUGUGCGUAUCUUCAAAAAGGACGGUGGUGAAAAUGAUUUUGAUUUUCACCUGAAGGAAGACUGAAGAGAGCUUCGGGCAGAUUUUUAUGAGUUUGCAAUAUGUGCGAUUGCGAUCAAAUGUGGAAAAUUACAAAUGAAUUUAUUUACAAAGGACAAUAACGAAGAUCGAUUUAUGUACAUAAGGGAAUAACAAGAGCUGAAAAUAAAUAACAGUUCUAAUAUGGUUUAUAAAUUUAAAUUAAGCUAAGUAAUAGUGCACAAACCCUUUCCUUUUUACCCAUCAAAAAUAUAUUUUGAUAAGAAAUG